AUGACAGAAUCUUUGGAAAUCAACGCGCUCAGAGUACCAGCCAGGUUGAUAGAAUUGCAAGUUAACGAAGGCUUGCGCAUCGUCGACACUUCGUACUUGAAGCCGUCCGAUCAAGGCUUUGCAGCUCUGAGCUACGUUUGGGGGAUGCAACAAACCUUCAUACUUCUGGAAAAGAAUAGAGAAGAGCUUUCUAGAGGAUUUGAUAUUGCACAGCUUCCACAGACAAUCCGAGAUGCUGUGACUGUGACUCGCCAUAUUGGGCUUCAAUACCUCUGGGUUGACGCGCUAUGUAUAAUGCAAGACUCGAACGACGACAAAUCGCGAGAGCUACCCAAGAUGCGUUUGAUCUACAAGUACGCAGCGGUGACUAUUGUAGCAUCCGUCGCGAACUCAGCCAUGGAAGGGUUUCUACAUUACAUCGAAGAGCAAGUAGGGUACUUCAUCGAACCAGUCUCAGUGCCUUUCCGCAUAAAAGACAAUGCACAACCGCAGACGAACGUCAUCCUGAGCUAUCCAGCCGAUUACAAGCGUUCGAAAGACCCCAUCAACGAUCGCGCAUGGACGUUUCAAGAACUACUUUUAUCCACCAGAGCUAUCAUGUUUUCCUACCGCGGCGUGCAGAUGAUUGAUCGGACGGAUAUACCAGCUGCAGAUGGCUUCACUUCUGGUAAAGAUCCUCAACUACCCAGUCUACCAUGGAGUGGCCAGAUGUUCUCGCUUGCUACUGACUCCAAGAAUGCACGGCAGAUCUGGCUUGCAGUGCGUGGUGAAUAUAGUCGCCGUAGCCUCACGCAUCAGGGUGACAAACUGCUCGCUAUCGCUGCUGUUGCUGAAGAGUUGGGAAGAAAGUAUGAGAGCCAGUACCUCGCUGGAAUGUGGGAACGUGAUCUCGCUAUGGACCUCCAGUGGAGUUGUCCGCGUCAUCAGAACGUUAGUAGCCGCGACUUUGGACGGAAGACGAGAGCCCUGGGAUAUGUGGCACCGUCGUGGAGCUGGGCCUCGGUUGAUGCGAGCGUCGAGGACUUCAUCCACGUUUGGGAAGAAGAGGGGGAAAGGGGUGGUGCGGGCAUCAAAGACGCACUCGGCUUCAAAGUCAUAUCCUGUGACGUUGAACGCUCUGUUCCAGACUUCGCAUACGGCGCUGUCAAGUCAGGGACUUUGGUUGCCAAAGGCCGACUGCUCCAAUUUGUCUGGCGCCCACACAAAGAUGAUGAUUUUCACAGAAAUCUGGAGUCUGAUGGGUUCCUCGUCGUAUUAGGGCAGCCUAAAGACAACCCCUACUCAGAGAUCACGUGCGGCGAAGCGACGCUAGAUGCACUUGACCCAGAACUUCAAAACGGCGUUGAAGUCACCUGUCUUGCAACACGGCUGAUCGAAAAUGUACCCGGAAGAGACGAUGUUGAGGGAUUAAUGCUCCUGCCAGAGAUGGAAGAGCGGUAUCGGCGCGUAGGUUUCUUCAAGCUCACCACACCUGCUAUGUUCGAAGACUGUGGGUUAGAGCAUAUCACCAUUGUUUAA